CUCAUUGUUUGCAAGCACUUUAUUUUUGUUGUAAUGUAACAAUAACCUGAACAUUUUCUGUUAUCUUGUUUUUUCUUCCGUUAUUAUACUUUGUUGUAAUACAUGAAGCUCAAAUGAUUGAAAAUGGUAUUGCUCAUUGAUAGUGUAACUCAUAUAAGUUUACUUUCGUCAGCAAGCUCCUGAUAUUUUGCGAAAACGUUCGAAAACAAUGUAUUCAAUUGAAUUUGCAGUUAUUUUGAUAGUAUCGGUCCACUCUACGAAUGCCUGGAUGACUCAGUAUGAAAAUGAAGUUGAUGAUGGAAUACAUUGUGUUAAUCAUCUUUUGUCGGAAAGAGCUGGAAGAGAUGUUGUAUUAAGAAUUGGAGAGCACUUAGAUUUCUCAGACUGUUCUCGGGUAGAAUGUUUCCCUCCUCUGCAGACAAUUACAGUAAAGGGAUGCGGUAUCUCCUCUAAGGACGAAGGCAUGGAGUGUGUACAUCCCGAAGCGUUUACACGACCGUAUCCGUACUGUUGCCAAGAAUGUGCAUGAUGGUAAAGUUGCAUCACUAUAUUGUCAGCCUAUCAAAAAAGUAAACAAUUAAAUUCUAUUAUAAUUAUUGUUAAUAACAAAAUAGGAGUCGUGUGGCACUUUCAGCAUUUUCGUACAAAAAAUAUUAUUUUCCUACCAGCGUGCGGAAAGUACCCACUUUUAACACGCACCUGCGUGCAGAAAGUAGCACUUUUCCCCACGCAUAGCUUUUCCUCACGCGUUACAUGUUAUUCGUAUCGAUUUGAAUAUUUUUGCUAAUAGAAAUGCUUUCUUCAGUUACUUAUAUAGUAAUUCUUCUGUUCCUUGCCAGCUGCACGUUUUUAUCAUCCAAGUAAUUGUGCUUUCACUUUUGGUAUUGUUAAUAAUUAUUAUAAAUGAAUUAAUCAUGUUGUUGUUGUUGAUGAUGUUGAUUUUCCAAUUGUUACAUUUCUAAUAAAACAUAGUACGUAUUUAAAAUUCUGGGUCCAUUAUCAUCUCGUGCUGCACUGUUACAAAAAAUCUUAUACCAGACACUUGCGGAAAGUGUACUUUCCAUCCUUGACAGCAACUGCCAUCGCGUGCAGAAGAGUAUCACUUUCCGCAUUUGAUAUGUAAAUAACUAUUUUACCUGAAAAUUAAGGGCCGUUUCGUCAGUCGUUCCUACAAUUGUAGGACGUGUUUAUGGCCUCUUUGAUUUUCAUAGUUUCCUACUAUUCCGUGUCAACGAUCUAUUUUGAGGUUAUGUUACAAAAAUCCAUUUGUAUCAAAUUGUUCAAGCUUUUGAUUUAUAUCAUUUGUUAUAUAGCCUGACAUUUCCUUCGAUUCAAAAAGAAAGCAUAGCCUCACAAUAGGAGAGUGCUAACGCUGACAUGGAAUAGUAGAACUCUAGAAGUAUAAAAGCCUUUCUGGAGAAUAGAAAAGGCUACAAAAAUCAAGUAGGCAGUAUUGUAGGAACGAUUGACCAUAUAUCCCUAAAUGACUUAAAUAUAUCUUCUCUCCUCAGUAAACACCUUUAUGAUAUAAUACUCAGAAAGAUGUAACGUUACAUUAGAAUCAGACCGAUUGCUUAGGGGCUUAGUGUCAGUUUCUUAUGGUGGUGAGUAGUCUGUUUCCAUACAGAUCGUUUGAUUCAAUUGUGAAUACUUUCUAUUAAAAAAUUUUAAAUUCCAGUUAUAAUUUUGUCAUAACUUGAAGAUACUCUUCAACUUUGAUUAUGGAUUAUGGAAAACGCUGGAAUGUUUCUCGACUCGGUGAUAGGGACAUAAGUAUCCGACCAGAUGGCGGAACGAGCUAACCACAAUCAAGUCUACAGAUACAGUCGAGUUAGUGGACAGCGGAUGCAGAACUAAAAUGGAAUAAUAGCCCAGUCGACAUAGUAAUAAACUUGUUAUAAAUUGGUCCAAAGUGUUUUGAAUUAGUAUAACAGUAAUAAAUUAGGCUAGUAAGUAGUAAAACGGUAUUGUCGUUACAUUAUGUAAAAUAUGGUAAUGAGGUACGACAUAAGCAGACAUAUCUAAAUUUUGCAGUAAUAUUUUAAUGCUCUUCAGAGGCCAUAUAACAG